CUCCCUUCUUCAAACGGGCAUCAACCCUCCAACGAUUUGAAACCCCAACGCCAUUCCCUUUCUCUCUCUCUCUCUCUCCACAUCUCCCAGUCUCCCCUUGCUAGGGCUCCAGUUCUUGAUCGGCUCCGCGGCCUCGAGGGCGAUGGAUCUCUCUCCGGACACCGAGGAGUACAUCAAGGAGUCCAUCGAGAGUUCGCUGGGCCUCCCGGUCUCCGUCAAGAGCCUCAGCCUGAAGCUCCUUGCCUCGGAGGACGCCCGACACCGCCUUCAAGAUCAGAUCUUUGUCUUGGAGGAGCGGCUCACGGAGGCCGAUAAGCGAUUGGAGCAGUGUAGGGCGGAGGCGAACAUGAACGCCCAAGGAGUGAAGAGGUGCGUGGAGGAGAAGGAGAUGAUCGCGUCCAAGUAUGCUGAUUUGGUGAAUCACUGCCGCAAGUUGGAGGAGGAGUGCUCUCUGUAUGAGCGCGACUUGGAGAGGAUUAUGGAGUCUUGUGACGAGUUGGGGAAGGAGAACGAGGAGCUGCGGGCACGGCUGGAUGACAAUUCUGGCCUAGAAUCAUUGGGUGCUGAAGUUGAGUCCUUGAAGAAGGACAAGGAACACCUAAGGAUAAAUCUCCACAGAGCCGAAGAGGAGGUCAAGCUUCUCUUUCAAGAAAACAAAAUGCUGGAUGAAGAUAACAAGAGACUGCUGGAAUUACUUAAACGGGAAAGAAGUCGCCAAGGAUCUGACAGCCACAAACGCUCUGCCACUGCUUCUGCUAAGGGAAAACGCAAGUCAAGCCCAAACGACUGCAGCAGUCCUCCGGGGCGAAUGAUCGAUUUUGCUGCGGCAGAUUCAUCAAGACAGCCUUUGUCACCUCUGCAUCAGAACUCUCCUGAAUCCAGAAUGCAUAGGAAGUGAACAACCAAGUGUCGCCGCUUCUUCUGAUGCUACAGCUAUCUUACUGCAAACUGCCACCCCCGGCUGGGUUGCAACACCUCUUGUUGUACGAAGCAAGAUGAAGCUUUCUUUGAACAUGGAAUUGCGGUUCAAAUUUCUCUCGCUUUCUCGUUCUAACUCGCUCUGUAGGUUAUUUUCUACUGACAUUGCAUUGCUCACAGUUAAGUUGGCUGGUUUUACAAAGAUAAAUGUAGUUACGAGCUUCUGCUGCCACAGAUGCUUCUCUCGGAGUCCUUUAAACACUAGAAUCGUGCAAGUUAAAUGAUUUCUGAUGAUGAAGUCUCUCUCUAUCGUCGACUGCUUA